UCCUCCCUCGUUCUCCUGCGUUUGUGGGUGUUUCACAGAGCCCACAUGUGUACGUCUGCAUUGACCACCAUGUUCGCAUCCCACGCAGCAGCAUCUGGAAGCUGUGAGGAACGCGGUGGACACCAGCGUUCAACGUUCGCGCGUGCGGUCGCUUUUACUCGUCGCCUGGUCCGACGUUCACCCGGCGUGUUACGAGGCUGCGAGAUCGCUCACACAGCGUCGGGCUAUAUCCCUCGUCACUUGCCCUCUAGCAGCCUUGCCUCCUUGAUCCUCACCUCCUAUCGUGGUCGUUGAUCCUUCCCCCUCCGGAUGAGCGUCUUCAACCCAAAAAUCAUUGACGCAUGCAUCCGAGAUGUCACCGCAAGUCUCUCAGACGAACAGAAGGCAGAUGUGCUUCUAUACGCCAUGGGACAUCUUCCCUUUGAGCGCUCUAGAAUGCUCAUCGAGAACGCAGUCCAGUCCUGCCUCUCGCUGAGCGGGCUGUCCACCGCCAAUGCUGCCAAAGCCCGCUUGAUACGCGCCAGGGCUAGGCUUGCUGUCGGACUUCACGUCGGCGCCCACCAAGGUCGGCAUGGAAUCUGGUCCAUUCUAGACGGUCGUUUCGGCUUACCACGCGCCUUCCCGGCGUCCCCCGCAGACCUCCAGGCUGUCAUGGCCAUCGAGCCUGAACACCCAGAAGCCAAGGCGCUUAUGGUCCAUCAUGUCACGAAUUCGGGCAAGUCGUUGGUCCAGCCGCAUACGACCCCGGGCUUCUCGACUGAAAUAUGGCGGGAGAUUGCACGAUGGCUCCCGCCACGCGAUCUCAAAAACCUUCUCCUCGUCCCGCACAUCCUGUCACGUAUCGCAAGCGAGCUCUUGUUUCGAAAGAUCGAUCUGUUUUUCGUACCGGAUAAGAGGGAGUCGCAGAAAAGCGCCGACAUCCUGACACGUAUCAUCGUCGACAAGGAGUUUGCGAAGCAUGUCAAGACGUUGCGGGUAUUCUACCAAGGACGCGAUGUAUCGCCGAUGACCUUCCAGACGGGCAUGCUGGCGAACGCAUUACCAAAAUUGUCCAACCUGAAGAACGUCCACUGUUCAAUGCGACUGCGCGAGAUGCUCGCCUUCCUGCGAAUCCUCGAAGGCGCGAAUCACCGGUUACGUGGGAUGUCUCUAAUGCCGCUCGACGGGACCGCGGAGCUGCAGUUCCCACGCUUCCGGCACAUCACGCAGUUCUCGUACGUCUCGACGGGGGGCAACCCUGCGGACGUGCAGGAGUUCCUCAUGCAGAACAAGGCGUCCAUCCGCUCCAUAUUCCUGCACAACCAGCACUGGACGUUCCCCACCGAGACGCUCUCGAUCCGAAACCUGACGCACCUCGACUUCCUCGGCCUCUUCCCCUCCGAGUCGCGCGCGUUCUCGGACAUCCUGAGCAACGGGCACCAGCUGGAGUCCCUCCGCCUGCAAUGCGUGCUCAACUGCAACGCGUCCGCGCAGUUCCGCGAGGGCGCCACGGCGCGCGCGCUCCCGUUCCUCCGCCACUUCGAGUUCAGCCUCCUCGGGUACAACGUGAACGACCACGACCUCUUCCCCGCGAUCUCGGCGUUCCUGCGCGAUCGGCGGACGCUCAAGACGCUGGUGCUGUCGGUGCCGAGCGCGAAUUGGGCGCAGAAACGGCUGGGGUACGACGCGGGUGUGUGGGGCGUGCUCCCGAGCUUGACGGAGCUGAGGACGCUGACGGCGACGCUCCCGAAGGACGUCGCUGCGGCGGUGGCGAUGUGGCUCGUGCCCCGCGGCGUCAUCGCGCUCUCGCUGCAGGCGGAGUCGUCUACGGAAGCGCUUGGGUUCGUCUCGCAAAUGCGUCCGGGCCUCCCGCCGAACCUGCAGUUCAUCGGGCUGUCGCAGUUCGACGUCGCGGACGCGGCGGCGGUGGUCGACGCGGGGUUCCCGACGGUGCGCGUCGCGCGCGUGGACGACGACUAUUAUACCGUCGAGCGCGAGGACGGCCGGGUGCGGCUGCAGGCAUGGCCGGAGGCGCGGGGGCAUUGGAACGUGCGGGAGUGGCUGCAGUCGUAUGGGUGCGAGGACGCGGAGUGGAGGCAUCCGAGCGAGUUUCUGUAGGGUGGGUGGUGAGUGCUAGCGACGAGUUGGAUUGGGUACUUUUCGUCGUGCUGUGAGACGCAGCGACUUGGCAUGCUCGAGUUGGCAUGGUCUACAUUGUCUGUUCCGAUUGUCUGCGUAAUGGUUCGCCUCUGAGUCUCGGACAGACUUCAACGAGGUCGGCACGAGACGGGCGAGCCGAGGGUGUGUCUGUCGUAUACUGGUCUGCUUGUGGGUUCGAGCGCUGUGGGACUGUUGUAUCGGCGUAGAUGUGUCAUCUUUGGAUGCCUGGAAGGAAUACACGGCCACGGAGAUUCUGGAUGUGUCUAUCCGCACACUGUCUGCGCGCACUGUGAAUUUUGUUGUGUGGAACUUCGAUACAGUGGUAUGCCCUCUACCUCCACCUGGUCGCUUGCGCCGCUUGG